ACCAUGUCUCCACUCGCCCAGGAGAUGUUACUUCACGCUCGAACACUCGGAAUAAGUACUGUGUUUACCGAUCAUUCAUUGUUUGGGUUCGCAGACCUUUCGGCUAUCCUCACCAACAAGGUGCUUGAGUUUAGUCUGGUUCAUGCUGAUGCGCUAAUCUGUGUUUCACAUACUGGAAAAGAAAAUGUGGUGCUUCGCAGUCGGCGCAUUCGACCAGAGCUUGUCUAUGUCAUCCCAAACGGUGUGGACGCAAACGCCUUCACACCGGACCCCGCGGCCAAAGAUCACAACUACAGUGCGUCUUGGUUUCAGGGCUUAAUUUCUCAAUUUCAAUGCUACUUGAACACUACAUUUGAGCAAGCCUUAUGA